AUGGCGGCAAUUUCUCACUUCGGGCUCCCGCCCCAGCAGUCAGAGGCGACCAGAGAGGCCCAGCCAGCAUCCAAUGCAGCAACCGGUCUCCGGUUGUUUGCAGGUAUCCUGAACAAUACAAAUCUGGAGAACUACUUUAAAAAUGGAGACUUUAUAGUGGGGGCUAUCAUGAUGCUUUUUUCUGUAAUAAAAAAGAACAAGUUUAAUGAAAACCUAUACCUAACAUUUGUAAAGGGUUCCCUACAAUAUCCUGAAGCUAUAGAGGACACAAGCACAGCAUGUCAAUUGGAAAGUACGACUCUAGAGAACUACAAUAGAAAUGGAGAUUUUAUAAUAGGUGCUAUAAUGAUGCUGUAUUCUUUUUCUGUACUGACAAAAAACAAGUUUGAUAAAAAUCCUAUACCUAAUUCUUGUGAAGGACCAAGUCUACGUUAUUACAGACAUCUACUAGCUGUUGUUUUUGCAGUUGAAGAAAUCAACAGAAAUCCUUUGAUUCUUCCCAAUAUCACCUUAGGUUUUGAGAUGAUUGAUAGUUGUGCAUUUGAAUACAGAUCUCUGCAGAGCACAUUACAGAUACUGACAGGGAACCAAGAAAAUAUUCCAAAAUACCAGUGCAGAACUAAAGGAAUACUAGCUGGUUUUGUUGGUCACUUCUUAUCCGCUUCCACGUAUAGUAUUGCUGGACUUACAGGGAUCUACAGAUAUCCCCAAAUAAGUUAUGGAGCCCAGGAUCAGAUUUUAGAUGAUCAAACACUCUUCCCGUCCUUUUAUCGAACCAUACCCAAUGAAAAUACCCAGUAUAAGGGAAUCAUAAAACUUCUGCUGCACUUUGGUUGGACAUGGGUUGGGUUAAUUGCAACCAACGAUGAAAGUAACCUGAGAGCUAGUGAACAGCUCAAAACAGAAAUGAUCAAAAGUGGAAUCUGCGUUGAAUUCUUUGAAACUUUUUCCUCUAACAGAUUUUUAAUCAAUUUGUUAGAUGUAGUUAAUGUUAUUAAAAAGUCAUCAGCUAAUGUCAUCCUUCUCUUCUGUGAUUUCUCCAGCUUUUUUGAUAUGAUUUUUACAGCACAGAUAUUUUCUGUACCUGCAAAAGUCUGGAUUACAUCCACAUCACUUUCCCUCUCCACUGAUGACACGUCUGCUUCAUUUUUUACCGUGUUUAAUGGCUCAUUACUCUUUUCAAUACAUAAAGGAGAAAUUCCUGGUUUGAAAGAUUUCCUUUAUAGUGUUACUCCUUACACAUAUCCAGAUGAUACUAUAACAGCUAGAUUGUGGGGUCUUACAUUUGUAUGUCUUCCUGCAAAUCAUAGCAUGUUUAACAGCAGUACAUCGGGUUUAACACCUAAUUGUACAGGUAACGAGACACUCAAAGUAUUUGGUUCGGCUUAUGAUGUCAACACAUUUAGAGUUACCUAUGCCGUUUACAAAGCCGUUUAUGCAUUAGCAUAUUCAUUGCAUAACACGCUUUCCUUCAUGAAAAGUAAACAACAGUCUAUUUAUGAAUCUUUUCAUGCCUCUAAGCUAAACCAAUAUCUGAAGGAUCUUCGUUUCAAUACAACCUCCGGAGAAGAGUUUUAUUUUGAGAAUGGAAGACCUCUAGCACAAUAUGAGAUUAUAAAUUGGGUCAUUGCUUACAACAAUACCAUUCUGAGAAAUCAGAUUGGUAGUUUUUCCAUGUCCGAGUCUCAGGGAGAGCAACUUCUCAUUAACAGACAUGCCAUAAAUUGGAAUCAUAAAUUUAAUCAGACCCCUCGCUCUGUUUGCAGUGAGAGCUGCCCUCCAGGAUACAGGAAAGCACUUCAGCAAUCAAAGCCCAUUUGUUGUUAUGACUGUGUGCCCUGUUCAGAUGGGGAAAUAUCCAACAGAACUGAUAUGGAAAACUGUGUGAAGUGUGCUGAAGACCAGUGGUCCAAUACAGAGAGAACAGUGUGCAUCUCCAGAACCAUAGAGUUUCUUUCUUAUGAUGAUAUUUUAGGCAUAUCAUUAGCUACUAUAUCCAUUAUUUUUGCCAUUAUGACCCUAGGAGUACUGGUCAUCUUUAUCUACCACAGAGACACAGCAAUAGUUAAAGCUAAUAACAGGAAUCUAAGUUACACUCUUCUUAUAUCACUUACAAUGUGUUUUUUAUGCUCAUUGCUUUUCAUUGGACGCCCUGUGGCACUCACCUGCUUUUUUCGACAAGCUGCCUUUGGAAUUAUUUUUGCAGUUGCUGUUUCUUCAGUAUUGGCUAAAACUAUAACUGUUGUUAUUGCCUUUAAUGCCACAAAGCCUGGAAGUAGAGCAAGAAAAUGGGUGGGAUCCCGAAUAACCAGCUAUCUUGUGUUUCUGUCUUCACUGGGAGAAGCACUUAUUUGUCUCUUAUGGUUUCUUUGCUCUCCACCAUUUCCAGACUUUGACACCAGGGAGCAAUCUGAUAAGAUGAUAUUACAAUGUAACGAGGGUUCAGUCACUGCAUUCUACUUUGUUGUAGGUUAUAUUGGACUUUUAGCUGCUUUAAGCUUUAUAGUGGCUUUUCUAGCAAGACAAUUACCAGAUAGUUUUAAUGAAGCAACAUAUAUAACUUUCAGUAUGUUGCUGUUUUGCUCCGUUUGGGUCUCAUUUUUCCCAGCCUAUCUGAGCACUAAAGGCAAAUAUAUGGUGGCUGUUGAAAUAUUUGCCAUAUUGUCUUCUAGUGCAGGGUUGAUGGGUUGUAUAUUUAUUCCUAAAUGCUACAUUAUUGUGAUACGGCCAGAUCUAAACACCAGGGAAAACCUGAUAGGAAAAAAGGGAAAUCGAUCAAUUGUAGACAAUACCUGA